UAACAAUCCUUUCUAACCAGGCAACUGGGGCAUAACAAAGAGUUGGAAAAUAUAAUCUAAAUUCAUAGAAAUUAGUUAAAAUUUCGAUCAACAUGAAGUUAACUCAACGUCGUUAUUCUUGGCUUCUUUUAUUGCAAUUCACUUUACUUGCUGCCGAUUUGUUUUUCAAUGCUUUCGGCUCUUGGUUAGCUGGAAAUAAAAUACAAACUUCCAUUUUCUUCUUUGUAACCCAGGAUAGUUUAAUUAUAAUGGAAUAUUUGCUUUUCGCCUUGGCCCUGCAUUCAACUUGUGUCUAUCAAGUGGGAGCCUCACACAUUAUUUUGCGUAAUUGCAAACUCUUCUUGGCCAGUCUUACACUAUAUUUCCUUUUGUGUGCCUCGGAACACUUUUGGAUUAUCUAUCAGUAUCGCACACCACGUUCAGAAGGCGGCCAACAAUGGCCUUUGGGACUUUAUGCUUUGGCUGUACUUCAACGUUUAACAUCGGUUUUCUAUUACUAUAGCUCCAAGUCAACGCUUUUAACUAUGGCCGAUCCGCGAUAUAAGGAAGAACAUCUUGAUUGGAUAGCCGAACAAUUGGGUGAUAAAUGAAACAACAACAUUGCAAACCGAAAAGUGAUUAGACAUGGACUAUAAAUUAUAAAAAAUAUUUAGUUAGAAAGCUCAAAAUUAUGUA